CCACGUGCGCGCCCUCCUCGUCGGCGACACCUUUCCUGCUGCGGAGCUACUAUCUCCGCUCCUCGCGCCCCACUCGACCCCUGGGCCGGGAGUCGCUGCGGUGGCCCGGUGGCCGGUGCCGGCGUCCGUCGAGUCUCGCGUUAAGAUGACUCCUUAGAAAAUCAUCACAAAUAUUAACAAUGGAUUUUAAAGAAGAAGACUUCGACUUGGCACGUCAGGGUAUCAAACUGCUCCUCAACAACAAACAAGAGGAGGCUGAGAAUGUUUUUGCCAAGGGAAAAGACAACGUUCAUGUGUCUGCAAGUCACUGCUUUGCUCGGUUCAUGAAUGCUUUGAUGACAUUUGAAGAAGAAAGAGUACAAGAUGCACUGGAGGCUUUUCGUGAAAUGGAGAAGAUGUGCGCUCACGAUGUUGGGUGGUUGACCUCUGUCCGUAAUCAUGUAUUCAGCAGCACAGAUUCUGUCACACUUGCCCACAAACUGGAAGAACAAAUUAUAUUGGCCGACUGCCAGGUAGGUUCAGCUUUGCUGACCUUUUUAAUCCAACGAGAUAAAAGUGCAUUUGUUCGUGGUGGUUGGGCUCUUAGAAAAGCAUGGAAAAUUUAUCAGCAUACUUAUUCUCAAAUUCUCAACCUGUAUAAAAGAACUUUUGGAAUGAAUCAAAAUGUACCUGGCUCUGAAUUCCCAUUGUGGCAAAUUUUACCUCGAGACAACACGCUUGCUGAUCUUCAGAGCCCUACUGAUUGGUCAGUCCCUUCAGCUGCCAGCACCCCAUCCACAAGUAAUGGUAUUCGAGGAUUCCUCAGUAGUAGUCUUCGCACGCCCUUUUCACUACUUUCGUCUGCAUUUUCUUCUGCACAACCUGAGGACAACAUACCUCCUAGUGUUGUUGCACGGCUAAUGGCAGGUGUCAGCUUCGGUUAUGGAAUAUUUCAACUAUGUGUAUCAUAUGUUCCUCCACCUCUUCUAAGGUUUAUUCACUUUUUGGGCUUUGAGGGUGAUCGUAAUGCAGCAUUAAGUGCAUUAAACUUUACAAGGCAGAGUAAUGAUUUUCGAGCUCCUCUUGCCACGCUGGCAUUGCUGUGGUACCACACCAUUCUUUGCCCAUUCUUUGCAUCUUCUGGAAAUGGGGAAAAGGUAAAGAAGCAGCUUGAGGUUGCUGAAGAUCUGUUAACUGAUUCUACUGAAUAUCGUGAGUCUGCCCUCUUUUUGUAUUUUGAGGGCCGAUUGAACAGAAUCAAGUGCAAUACAUCUGAGGCACUUAGAUGCUAUGAACAUGCUGUUAAAGGAAAUCCUCAAAGAGAAGUACAACUCCUUUGUUUGCAUGAAGUAGGAAUGUGCCACCUGAUUCAAUUAGAUUAUGAGAAGGCACAUUCAUGUUUCUACACCCUGAUGCACCAGAGUCGUUGGUCAAAUAACCUUUAUGCUUAUAUGGUAGCAAUAACUGCAGGUUCUGCAGGAAGAUUAGAAGAUGCAGUUAAUAUCAUAGAGGAUUUAAAUUCAUCCAUCUCGGAACCCAAAUCAGAUGAUACAGGUCUAGAGAUUUUAAUUUGGCGAAGAGUAUCCCUAAUAUCCAAAGCAAUUAAAAAGUUCCCAUCUGAUGUCAAUAGUGGUGACUUUUGUUUAAUUGGCACUACCUUCUUCCAACUCAUGGUUCUGGAAUUUUUGUACAUGUAUAACUUCUUGCCAUCUUGUAGUGAUGAACAUCUGGAUGCAAUACUGGAUGUUUGUCUUAGCUGUAACUAUGCUGCAGAACCCAUGGCGGGCCUAAGAUUUCUUAUAGCAGGGUCUGUAUGGAGCCUAAAUGAUGAUAGGGAUAACGCCAUCAGCUGCUAUCGACAAUGCCUGAGUGCCAGAAAUUACAGCUGUUCUGAUGGAGUUGUUUCAGACUCUCAUGACAAGCAUGUCACUGUAUUUGCCUUGUAUGAACUAGGAGUACUUCUUCUAGACACCCCUAAUGGUUCAGAAGAGGGCAAGGAAAUGCUCACUAAAGCCCAAAGUGACUUCAAGGAUUAUGAUAACGAAAGUGCAUUUUCUGUAAAAAUUAAUCAUGCUCUUCAAAUGAGUAAGAGAAAAUCUGAAGAGCGUGACCGUUCAUCACAUUCAUAGAAUAUUAUUAUUAUUGACACCUGAUCAAUGAUAACAAGCAGGCGUAGUAAAAAAAUUGAGUUCAGUUUAGAGCAAUUUCUUUGCAGGUAUAGGUUCAUAAUACUACUACCAGUAAAUCUAGUUUGUGCUGUGAAUUUAUCGUAAUUCAUAGUAGUAUGAUCCAUCCAUAUUACUAAGUUAUAUUUUUUUGGUUCUAGACUAUUUUGUGCAGUCAGUUAGUCAAAUUUUGUCUGGAUCCUAUCUCAAAUUUUUAACAAGUGUAUAUUACCCAGGAAAUAUAUUUCCAUUUAACUGGGUUAACUUUUUAUACUACAUCAAGAUCUGACGUUUUGAAUACCUUACCCAUCCCUAGCCACUAAGUUUAUAGACAGGCAGUCUCUUUGCAGCCACUGUGGGCUCGGUGGACUGUAAGCAGCACUGUAGUUUGAUUAAAAGUGGUAUUUCAUGUACUUAAAUUAACAUUCCAUAUUCUCACUGUCAUCAAAAGACUGGUUUAAGAUUGGAUCAUAAUUUGUAUAAAUUCACCUUGUACAUGAAUUUAUGAAAUCAGAGGAAAUAAGCGAUGUCCUAUUCAUAUAUUAUGCAUGAGCUUGUUUGUUAUCUCAGACUUUUGGAAUGUAAUUUUUAUAGUGAGUAAUUAAUUAUGUGUUCAUCAAAUAAAUAGCAUACUCAAGCAUACUCUUAUAUUUUAACUUGAAAUAGAUAUUUUACUGUAUUUAUUUUAAUAACAUAAUCUAGUCAGUUCUCUCUUAUAAUAACACCCUCUAAAGCUGAUGUUCAGCAGUUUUAAAUAUCAGUGUGUGAUUUAUUCAGUAUUUGUAAGUCUUUUAAUAUUACAGCCACUUUAUAAUUGUUAAUUUACUCACUCAUUAGCUCAUAUGUAUUAUUAAUCAACUAAUUUGGACAAUAUUGAAUCUCAAAAUUUGAAGCAUACUAUGUGACGCAAGUUUUGCAUGAUCUGUUGAUGCUAUGGAUUUUCUGAAAUUUUAUUGUAAGGAUACCGAAAAGCUUGCUAAAGGACAGUAUUUUAUUUGAAAUUCUUGUUUCUGAAAUGAAAUUAAGUUAAGCUGUGAGCUUCCAGUACCUCCUAAAAACUUUGUGAUCCAUAAGACCACCAAAGAACUGAAUUGUACUUAUUCUGUUGGAUUGUAAUGGGUACAUGUGGUAUCUCGUGAGACCAAAGAUAAUUUUCUGGUUCACUUUUGACUGAUGAGAUUUUUGUGUGAGAAGGAUACACAUCACAGGGUUGCUCUUGUCUGCAUGUUGUCAUUGGACGGCAGGUGCAAAUCUUAUCCAUUGCCUCCAAAAUGUUAUCUUGUGUUUAGCCAAGGAAAAGAGUCAAGAAAUAUUGUUUAAGAAUUUUGAUUGCACGAUAAAAUUUAAUGGAACUAGUGUUAGUGUGACGGUGAUUGCUUCACUACAGUGGCAGAAAAUCAAUACUCAGGGACAAUCAUUGUAGGUGGGCCAAUCAGUGUCCUACUGACCCUAGUGUGAAUCGUUUUUAAAGAGGCAUUAUCCAUGAUAUGUUGUAUUUUUUAUCUUGAUACUAUAGAAAUGUCUUAAAAUAAUUUAUUUUAGAAUUAUAGCAUGGAGUACAUGAGAUAAUAGCUCACUUGUAGUUCAUUUAUCUAGGAAAAGGCCCUUUUUCCCAUUAUUUAUUGGGCAUUAGAUGUUUGUUGGUUUACAAUGAGGAUCCUUAUUUGUCCGUCCUUUUGCUGCAUUUAAGUGAAUUUUUAUGUUCCUCAGAAUUUUUUAAAGACAUUUAAUUAGUUGGUUUUACCAUUGUCCAUUACAGAAUGAUCCCUCCAAUGUGGAAAUCUCAUGUUUUAAAUACCGUAUUUACUUGCGUUUUAUUAGCAAUUUAAACCAAAUCUGUGAAGCCUAUAUAUGUGACGUAACAUAUAUGUACCUCUGGAAUUAAUAAACACCCUACAGCGGCAUACUUAUGUCUAUCUGUGAGCUACUUAUUUAUCUGCUGAUUUGGAGCCCAUGUUUAUUGUCGAGACUUUUUGAGUAACAUUGAGUAUUGUUUUCUGAUUGCUCGACCUAAUUGUAAUAUUUUUGUAUGAUUUUGGGUAGAGUCCUGCUCUACACUGGUCAUUAUGAAAGUUUUAGUCUGUUUUAAGAAAACAAUAAUUAUUUAAUGUGUCAGAGGCGCGCCAAAUUACAACUUGGAAAUGUUUUGAGACAUGAAUUAACAUGAAUAACAAUCUGUACGUACUUACUGUAUGCAAGAAAAAUAAAACUUAUUUAUGAAGGUAA